GAGAGAGAGUGAGUGAGAGAGAGAGAGAGAGAGAGUGAGAGAGUUUUGCCUCCCCUUUCCCUUUUUUUCCCUCCUCUCCCCCCAGCCGCCGAAUCAUGUCGAUGAGCCCAAAGCAUACGACUCCUUUCUCAGUGUCUGACAUCUUGAGCCCCUUGGAGGAAAGCUACAAGAAAGUGGCCAUGGAGGGGAGUAACUUGGGGGCUCCUCUGGCAGCUUACAGGCAGUCGCAGGUGGCGCAGCCGGCCAUGCAGCAGCACCCCAUGGGCCACAACGGGACGGUCACCGCUGCCUACCACAUGACAGCCGCCGGGGUCCCUCAGCUCUCGCACACCGCCAUGGGGGGCUACUGCAAUGGCAACAUGGGAGACCUUCCACCUUACCAGGACACCAUGAGGAACAGCGCUUCCGCCACCGGCUGGUACGGGGCGAACCCGGACCCCCGCUUCUCCACAAUCUCCCGCUUCAUGGGCCCGUCGUCGGGGAUGAACAUGGGCGGCAUGGGCAGCCUGAGCUCGCUGGGCGACGUGAGCAAGAGCAUGGCCCCACUGCAGAGCACGCCCCGUCGGAAGCGCCGCGUGCUCUUCUCGCAGGCGCAGGUGUACGAGCUGGAGAGGCGCUUCAAGCAGCAGAAGUACCUGUCGGCGCCCGAGCGGGAGCACCUGGCCAGCAUGAUCCAUCUGACGCCCACGCAAGUCAAGAUCUGGUUCCAGAACCAUCGCUACAAGAUGAAGCGGCAGGCCAAGGACAAGGCGGCGCAGCAGCAGAUGCAGCAGGACGGCGCCUCUUGCCAGCAGCAGCAGCAGCAGCAGCAGCACUCGCCCCGACGGGUGGCAGUCCCGGUCCUGGUCAAGGACGGCAAGCCCUGUCAGGCGGGCUCCAACACGCCCACGGCAGCGGCGGCGCUCCAGGGCCACCACCAGCAGCAGGCUGCUGCCACCGCCAUCACCGUGGCCUCCAACGGCGCCAGCCUGGGACAGCACCAGAGCCACCAAGCCAGUAGCGCCGGCCAGUCGCCAGACUUGGGCCAGCACGCGGGAAGCAGCCCCUCGUCCCUCCAGAGCCAGGUGUCGGCUCUGUCCCACCUGAACUCGUCCAGCUCGGACUAUGGGACGGCCAUGUCUUGCUCCACCUUGCUAUAUGGGAGGACCUGGUGAAAGGGGACGCCCCGACGGGGCCCACCACCUCUUCCUUGUCCUACGGGCUGACCCCUUCCUUUUCUUUUUCACACGCACACACACGCACGCACACAGAAACACACACAAAUACACGCACCCUCCUCCUCCUUUGACUUCUUCCCUUCUUCUCCUUUUUUCUUCUUUUUUUUGUUUGUUGUUUUUAAAAAGAAAAUAUCAGAACUGUGGGAUGGGGUGUUGUGUCCUUGGGACAGACGAGAGGACCAGAAGCAGACUUCUUAAGUUGUGAAAUGGCUGCCGUGUUGCUGAAGGCCCGGAACGUUGCCUGGAGGAGUUUGGUGGCCCCUGAGACCCACGAUGGACCGUGUGCCCGCGGCAUGAGGUGGAUCUCCAGUGGACGCUUGUAUGUACAGAUAACAAAAAAACAAGAAACCCUCGGGGCGAAGGGUGGGUGUUUUCUCCCCUCCCUCACCGCCCAAAAAACUUUAGCGUCUCCCCCUCCCCCACAAACACACACUCUUCAAAAACAAAUACACAGACGGAGAACCUUCGCUGGCCUUCAGCCCAGAUGGUGGAUGGAAACGCGGGUGCUAUCACGGCUUAGUUCCCCCUUCCCUCUUAUGUUCGAUGUUAUACCUGUAGCUGUAUAAUGCUGUCAAAAACGUUGGACUAAACCCAUAGUUUUUAGUAUCCUGACUAUUUUGUUGAUUAAAAGGAAUAUAUCAAGCAACGAUCUACCAAACAAAUCAAAACUUUUUAAAAAAUAAAAUAAAAUAGGAAAACCCACCUUUUUUUUUAAACAAAAAAAAUGGAUGUCCACAGAUGGGUGAAAUUAUUUGGCGCACGUUUAUCUUUCUUUUUUCCUCUCCGCCCCUUGUAACUUAUGUAGAUAUAUUUGGCUUUAAAUAUACUUCCUGAGGAGCUUCUAAUAAAUUAUAAAGAUCACUUAUCUUUCUUAUUGCCCUUUGCUAUUUCCCCAACCUUCCUAUCACCUCCAAAAAGAAAAAAGAAAAAAUGCAAUUCGGGAGCCGAAUUUGCGCAAGGAAGCUUCCUUCCCAAGGCCCGUUGAAUUCAACGGGGAAAGCGGCCCAGGAAGGACGAUCGGGUCCACGUUUCGGGAAAACUGAUCAGCACAUACAGAUAUAGGAUCGAUUCGUAUGUUAUAUUCCCGAUUAACUAGAGAAUACGACGGCAGGGAGUCCUGCCCAAGAUAAGUAGCAAGGCUUGGAGACAAGGGAAUCCAAGUGGCGUCAUUCGCAGAGGAAAGACAAUAUUUGCAGACCCACUAAUCGAAAUCCCGAAAGGGUGCUUUUAAGAUGUUGUUAAUGCAGGGAAAGGAAGCUAACGAGGAGCGUACUAACAGGGUUGGGGGUGGUGGUGGAUAUCAAGUCUUUGUAAAGAGCGUCCAGAUUUAUUAGCUUGUAAAAACACCAUUUCUACAAAGG